AUGCAAGAAGGAUCAAAUGGUGCUUCGCCGUUUGUUGGAAGUGAUACUACAAUAAUGGACAAGGUCAAAAAAACCUAUGCAAAUUGCGUUUUGAUUGAUGACACAAAUGGCUUCGACGAUCGUAUGAUAACACCUUUUUUGGAGAGGCUUGGCACUAUCGGACUUGAUGGAAAAGAUAUAGACCUGAGCAAUAUUUAUGGAUAUAUUGCACUAUACGACUCUUUGAAAGUGUUCGCCAUUGCCGGAAGAAAAGUACUGAACUCCACAGGACAAUUCUCCUCAAUUAUUGACGGUAGACUAAUGUGGAACGCUAUGAGGAGAACGAAAAUUCAAGGUCUAUUUUUGCCAUUUUACGGAAGUUAUCCAUUUCAACCUCUACAAAUGAGGUGCAUAAGUUUGCACAAAAUGUUUGAUAGAAAAUUUGAUUUUCAAGGUAUGGUUGCUAGCACUGGUGUUUCAAGCGGCACGGUGAUGUUAGACGACCUCGCUGAACGACUUCCAUUCUACUCAGCCUUUUUUGUGGAUAAGAAUAGAAACCAGGUUACCCCAAUCGCGAACAUGGCUCCAAUGCUUAUGGGUAACUGCGAUGGAUUAAAGACGGGCACUGGAUGCUUUCAAAUAGUAAGUGUUGUAUAUUAUUAUGAAGACACUGCUCAAAGGAGAAUGAAGGAUACAGAGAAAGAAUACCGAAACCUUUUUCUUUCUUGGUAGCA